CGGAAGUUAGGUUUCAGAACGAGAGGACACAGGUGGUUAGAUGCUGUGCCAGUUUGCCUGUGAGUGUGCGCGCCAGGCUUUUGUUCCUGUCAUGAAGGCUGGACGUACGUAGGCUGCCUUGUGGAGUGAAAAACAAAGUGUGAAGGGCCAGAAAAAAGUCUUAAAAAAGUACAGCGAAACCAAAGUGUCUCGAGUUGGACAGGUGAAAUCCAGGGAUGGGGACAAUCCCGAACGACAUCAGGAGGCUUUUGGAUGACUGCGAGCUGUUUGUUGCAGAUAUCCUUCAAGAUGAGGACCUCAGUGAAAAUGCCCAAGAGACUCGAAAAGUCUUACUGAAUAACUUCAGGGUCGUCCACAUAAGAAACCCUGAAGAAUUCCCCUUUCCGUCGGACUAUAGGGAGGAAGACGGUUCUGAUGACAACCGCAGCUCCAGUCUCGGCCGCUCUGUCCAAUCAGACGACGCCUCAUUAGCCUCUGACAACCAGGAUGAUGGAGGCCCUGAGUUCUUUGAUGACAUCCCCCUUGUGGCAGCCCAGGGCCUCAACAACAUCUUGAAGCAAGGCUACUUGGAGAAGAAACGGAGAGAUCACAGCUUCUUCGGCUCCGAGUGGCAAAAGAGAUGGUGUGUUCUGAACAAUAUGAUAUUCUACUACUUUGGGAGUGAAAAAGAUAAACAGCAGAAGGGUUCCUUUUAUAUCAAUGACUACAAUGUGCAGCUGGUGCCCAACCUGAGAAAAGACUCCAAAAAAAAUGCCUGUUUUGAGCUCUUCGCCCCCGGACGGCGGUCUUUCCAGUUUACUGCCAGCAGUCCUCAAGAGGCCAGAGAAUGGGUGGAUCAAAUCAAUUUUGUUCUUAAAGAUCUCAGCUCCACCGACAUCCCUGUCGAUGAUGACGAGGAGGACGAAGAGGAGCCCUAUGAUGACAUUGAGGGGGUGACCGGCUCUUCCCAGCUUCGGCCCGGUGUUGCUCAGGCCUCUCACGGCGACAGAAAGGGAGGAGGGCGUGAGAUGGGGGAGGUCGACAGCGAGGACGAGGAUAUCUACGAGGUUCUGCCAGAAGAGGAUUUCCCAGAUCCGAUGGAUGAGAACAGUGAGAAGAACAACAAAUCAGCUUGGUCAUCAGAUUAUGCUAACUACUACCAGGGUUUAUGGGACUGCCAGGCCGACGAGCCGGACGAGCUUGACUUCCAGAGAGGAGAUCUCAUCUACAUCAUUAGCAAGGAGUACAACAUUCACGGCUGGUGGGUCGGCGAGCUGAACGGCACUGUGGGCAUCGUCCCGAAGGACUUCCUGCACCCUGCCUACAUCCUCUGAGCUCCAACAGCUGCUGUUGCUGACACCUCCGGCCGAGGAUUUCACAGACACAGUCAGAUAAUUCUGAUUAUUCUGUAAAUUAUAUCAUGUAAAUCUGCUGCUGUGGUACUUAUUCCUGCAGACUACAAACCUAUAAACCUUUGGUAAAUCUCUUGCAGAUAAUAUUGAUAUGCAAACCAGAGCUACAAUAAUUAAAUAGAUUAAUCAGUUAAUGGACAGAAACUGAACAAUUGAUGAUCCAUUAAUAUUUAAAGUUAUUUCUUAAGUCAAGAAAAGCUUCUCGAAUAUGAGGAUUUGUUGCUUUUCACUGUUUUAUAUCAUUGAAUUUAUAUAAAUUUAAUAUAUUUUGGUUUUUGGACAGAAAAGUAAUCUUAAGACGUCACUUUGGGUUCUGGUGAAUUUUAAUUUUAACAUUUAAAAAAAUGUUUCUGGACAAAAUAAUCAAUUAAUUUAUAAGAAACAUAACUGAAGACAAUAAUCAAUAAUGACAGGAAUUGUUAUUUGCAGCCUUUGUGCGAAUUGAUUAACUAUUGUGGACUAAUACAUUUAUCAAUUCACAGUAUGUAGAUGUGUGUUAUUUUCUUGUUUCAUCAUGUUAUGUAAAAUAUUUUAAACUACAUUAUAUCAGGAGGUUAUCACAGAAAUACACCAAAAUAGAAACUUUGUGUCAGAUUAUUCAGUUAAAAACUCAGUUUGUUUAUUAAUCUUGUUUCAUUUUCAGCCACUAGGUGGCAGUGCUGUUCCAAUGUCUCAUCUUUAAACCCCUGAGAUGUGUUUGGUAAUAAUGUAUUUUUUAUAUAUAUAUAUAUAAAAACAUUAAUUAUAUGAAAGCACUGAAAUAAACAGUCACAUGUAACACAGUAAAGAAGAAAAACUAUUUAUUUGAAAUAAAAUUAGAUUGCAGUUUGUUGUGUAUUUACAUGGACACAGUAACUCAGGAUGUUAUCAUUGCCCUUGUAGAUCCAUGUUAUAAAAUAAAAGCUCUCCUUAAAAAAAGGGGGGGGGCUUUUGCCUCUGAACAUUUAAAACAACUUUUAAAAAGCAAAAAGAGAAAAACUAUUAAUUUACAAUGUAGAAAGAAAGCAAAACCCAGAACUCCACAAUCCACCUACGAGGUCCCGGUAUGUCUGCGACACGGGUUGAACAGCGAGGCUCGUUUUCUAAGUGCAAUGGCACAAUAAAACUCUGUGUCCCUUUUUAAAAAACAAAAUGAAUCACAAGCAGUCGCAGCAGUAGUGUGUGAGAACAACGUGGAGGUCAAACUGCAGCCAGCUUACACAAGGAAUUAAAAGGUUGUAGUUAGUUAUUGUGUUUACAUGAAAUAAAUGACCGAGUGUUAGUGUUUGUAAAAGGUGAGAUCUGAACAGGUUUACAGAAACGACAAGAGACCACAAGACUGAACCUGUGCGUGUCCAUUACAGAGAGGCUGCAAAGUGAAUAACUCUUCUAUUGUACUCGUAUUCUGGCCAUUUAUUAUAAUAAUAAUCACAUUUCUUAUCAUAAUAAAAUUCUUGUUGGGCUAAAUAUUUGUUAUUUUCCCUCUCUGAUCCACUAUCUGACAAUAAAUACCAGGUUAACUAUGAAA